AUGGGAUCAUCCCUUAGCUUUGCGAAGACUAUCCUAGUCCCAGCUAUAAUUGCAUUGACAGUCUAUCUUCUCAUCUCAUUUGUCAUCAUCCCUUUCUUCCGACACUAUCAUCAACGCUACUCUCAAUACCUUCCUCUACAUACCAUCUCAGCACAUACCACCUCGCUCCGCGAUCGUAUAGCUGAUACCUUGAUGCGGUUCUUUCUACCAAGGUCAUGGCGGCGCGGGGCUAACAUGUCGGAUCACGACAAUAUCAGCAUUGAUGAGGAGGAAGGAGAGAUUCUGAUGGGAAUGAACAUGGAUCCAACUCGGAGAGCAGCCCUUGAGCGACGCCGCAGUACAAUUGACGAGUCAGAAAGUCGCAUGAGUCGAGAAUUGGCAGAAGGGUUCAUGGACGAUAGUGAUGAAGAAAGUGAACAUACACAAGAGCGGAACACUUGA